CCCAUACGAAGAACUGGGGAAAGCACAUCCCAUUUAUCCAUAGUUGUUGCAGCAUGUCCGGUUGGAUUUUAUACGCGCCUAGUAUAAGAUUUAUUUAAACAUUUGGGACGGGAUUUAUGUUUAUUUUAAUGAGAUAUUUUAAUUGAUUUAACACUCAACCGCUUCUGUUGGUGCUUGGAUCUUCAACAUACCUACAGCAGCAAUGUUCUGCAGAAACCAAACUUCCAGAGCAACUGUGGCCCGGGGAUCCGCGAUGGAGAUGGAGGUGAAGAGAGGCCGAUUCCGCCUGAGCAUGCUGGAGGAUUCCGCUGAAGACUGUGAGGUUCAGAGACAGAUCGAGAUGGAGGUGAGGAUCAGAGAAGGGGCCUGUAAGCUUUUAGCUGCAUGUUCUCAGAGAGAUCAGGCUCUGGAAGCUUCCAAGACUCUCCUUACAUCCAACAGCCGCAUACUGGCCCUCAUGACCCAGCUGCAGCGCAUGAAGGAAGCCCAGGCUAUGCAAAGAGCAGAACGGAGGUCAUCUGAUGGUGGGUCUGUUGAUCAGCGAUUACCUUGUUCUGGAAAAAUAGCCAUUUCAGAUAUUCGCAUUCCUCUCAUGUGGAAAGACUCCGAGUAUUUCAAAAACAAAGGAGAGCUGCACCAGUGUGCUGUGUUCUGUUUGCUGCAGGUGGGGACAGAGAUUCAUGAUACAGAUCUCGUAAUAGUGGACAGGACGCUCACAGACAUCUGUUUCGUUGAACCAGUGAUAUUCACUGACGUACCUCCAGGCUUUGACCUGCGGGUGGAGCUCUACAGCUGCUGUGUGGAGGAGGAAUUCAACACGGGCUUCUCCACUCGGAGGCUGAGCCGGCUGGGAAGUGCCUCCAGUAAGAAGUUCAUGGCAUCUUUAGAGACAGCAGCUUCCUGCAGUUCCCAAAGCAGUGGAACCAGAUCGGGAGAGAGUUCACCCAGAGGAGAAUCACCAGUUCUGCUGCCUGUACUGUCAGAACGGGGCCCUAAAUAUCACCUCCUGGCCCACACAUCUCUGACCCUGUGCCACGUACAGAACUCUUUCCGAACCCAUGACCUGACAAUAUCAGACACCGAGGAGUCUUCGUUCUGGUUGCCGCUCUAUGGUAACAUGUGCUGUCGGCUCGUGGCCCAACCUCUCUGUAUGACUCAAGUUGUUAUGUGUGGAAAACUCAGAAUUCGGUCAGAGACCAAUCCUGAAGACUGGAGAGAUGUCUACAGUGUCCUGAGUGGGUCAGAUUUAAAAUGUUACCAGCAGCAAGACGAUGCAGACUCUUUAGAGACACCGCUGUUCACGAUUCCCAUUAAUAAGGAGACCCGUGUGUGUGCCAGAGAGAGAGAUCCGGCUCUACAUACUCACAGUAUCACCAUAAUAAACCAGUGUGGUGAUGAGACCACACACACGAUUCUCACGCACUCCUCUGAAGACACACAUAACUGGAUGGAAGCCUUCUGGCAGCAUUUCUAUGACAUGAGCCAGUGGAAACAGUGCUGUAAGGAGCUCAUGAAGAUUGAGGAACCAUCUCCAAAGAAAAUGGUGGUGGUGACAAAACAAGGUUCCCUUUAUCAUGAAAUGGUUACGCCACCUUCCACCCAGACCAGAAACCAUCUGCUAUCCCCGAACAGACCUGUUUCUUCUGAGAUCCAAAGCCUGCUGUCCACUUAUUACGAUAACAGUUACUGAAGAAUCAAGGAAACUAAAGCAAGAAAAAAACUGUUUGUACCCAGCUCAACACACCCCAGAGUAUUUUUUUCAUGUUUAUUUGCCAAAUCCAAAAUGCAUACCCAAGUUCUUCAUGACCGAAUACCUUAUUGGCUUAAAACUGUUUGUCAUUAUCACAGAAAUAACCCUAAUACUUCUUUGUUUGAUUCUACAAGCCUGUACUGGCAGUGUAACUCGAUCAUGUGCUGGAUCAGGACUCCCAUUACAUUUGUUGCUGUAUUAAAAACACUCACCUUUAAAAUUGACUUGAACAUUUUUACCUCAGAAUCAGAAAGAGCUUUGUUGCCAGGUAUGUUUACACAUAGACGAGGAAUCGGUUUAAUUUGAAGAAGCUUUAACAGCACAAACAGAUUACAGUGAAAGGACACAGAAAAUAAAAAUAGAAUAAUAGAAAAUAAUAAUAUACAACAAAUAUUUUUU